GCUUUGCCAACUUAUUUCUAUCUCACCUCCCACCGUUUUGUGACUUUGCAAUCUUCAAAACCCUCUCUCUUUAAAGACUUACGCCGGGCGUAACCCCUCCUCGCCACAGCCGCUUCAGCACACCUCCUUCGGAACAUUUCCCUUCUUUCUUCCUCUCACCACCUCUACCGGAGCUGUGUUCUUAACACUACCUUUACUAAUUGCCUAUGCUAAUUCCAAUCUAGGAUCAACACCUUUACCUAGUCGUGUUACUGUUUCUCAGAUGUUUCAAACAUUGGAAUCUCUAAACAGUUCUGAAUCAUUCACACUUCGUAUUCUCAUCAUGCUUUCAGUGUAGGUCAAUAGGUAGACUUCCAAUGUUUUGUAGAAGACUACUGAAUCUUGUGAGUGAGCAAGAGUUGGCUUUACAAAGGUUUGUUGCAGCCUCGACGAAUUCGAGCAACCUUCCCUUUGUAUGGUACUCAACAAAUUGUAGCUCUGCAGUGUUACUGCAGAAGCUAAAGAAGUCAGAGAGGAAGCCAUUGGUGAAAAGUAUAAACGAACUUAAACGUGAAGCAAGAUUGAGAAAUAAGGAAAGGCAGACCGUGGAAGAGAUCUCUCUGAAGCCUCCAGCCAAUGGUCUCCUGGUCAAGAGCUUGGUUCCAGUUGCUCACGAAGUUUAUGCUGCCAUUUCUGAACUCUUGUCUUGUGUUUCAACAGUGAUUAAGAGGAGCGUUUUAUAUUAUUGCAAAGUCUGUGGAGAUGUUCAUAUUGGUGAUCCGCCGCAUAAGAUUAGAACAUGCAAUGUUGCAGGGAGCUAUCCAAACAAAGAACACACAUGGGAAAUCGGGGGAAUGCAACAUGCCUUUCCUACUGUGGAAUCUUUCCAUUUAUAUGACCGUAUUGGCAGAGCUGUUUCACAUAAUGAGCAGCUCGAAGUAGAUCGAAUUACAGCAUUAGUAGAAUUGUGUGUUCAAGCUGGUGUUGACAUCCCUGAGUACCCAACAAGGCGAAGAACUUGUCCCAUUUACAAUGUUGCUGGUAGGACUAUCGACUUUGAGAAGAGGUUUCCUAAGAAUUUUACCAUGAAGAAAGACAUUAACGCAUCUGGAUUCUGGACUGAGAGAAAAAAAUCUAGGAAGGAUACGAUAUCCAUCAGGUCUGACGAUUUAAAAGUGACUGCUGUGAGAGGCAUGAGGUUGUGGGAUAAAAUGAUUUCAGGAACAGAAAAACUCAUGGAAAAGUAUGCUGUACAAACAUGUGGCUAUUGUCCAGAGGUUCAAGUUGGGCCUAAAGGUCACCGGGUUAGGAACUGCUACGCGUACAAACAUCAGAUGAGGGAUGGGCAACACGCGUGGCAGGAAGCAACAGUUGAUGAUUUGAUUCCUCCAGUAUAUGUAUGGCAUGUUCAAGAUGUGCAUAGCACUAAGCCUCUAUCAGAUAAUCUGAAGAGGUACUAUGGUGUUUUGCCUGCAGUGGUAGAGUUAUUUGCCCAAGCCGGAGCUGAUACUCCCAUGAGAUACACUAGUUUGAUGAAGAAAGAUGUUGUAGUGCCGGAGUUAUAUGAAAUGAAAUUGGUUGUGUAAUUGUAAAUUUUAGUGAAUCAAUAGAUAUUCUGCUAGGAAAAAGGUGUUCUGAAAUUGUGAUAGCGCAAAAUACAAAGAGGAUAUGGGCUAUGGCUAAGAGAUAGGACAGGAUAGCAUAUAUUAUUCGAAAUUGAUAAAAAAAAAAGGUUUAUUUACUAAUUAUAUUUACCUUUUAAUUUCU